AUGUCGAGCGGCCGCCGGCUCCCGCCGCCUCUCGCCGCGCCCCGGGCUCGGUCCGGGGCCGCCGCUGCGCCCUGGAGCGCGCCGCGCCGCCGGGGUCCCGCUCUCCCGCCGCCCGUCCCCCGGGCCGGGCUCCUCCCGCCUUCUCCAGGCGCUGCUCCCACUUCAGGCGGCCCCUGCCAGCUGCAACAGACAAAUCGCCGAAGCGGGGGAGACAUUCAGGGCUUCGGGAUGCUGAAGCCUCGGGGUCCCCAUUCCCGAGCCCAACCCGCGCGCCGCCUGCGCGUGGCGCAGUUACUUUGGGUAAGUGAAGACCGUUUGCUCCACAGCUGGCUGAAAAGCCCAGGCCCCCGGCGGCAGCGGCUCCAGCCAGCCCCUCGGCCUCCCGGGCGCCGCCUGAAAAAAGCGCCGCAAAUCCCUGUCCCUGCCCUCAGCGCGGCGCAAACGCAAAAGCCGCCGUGGCUGAAGCUCCAGCCCCGGUGGCCGCCCGACCCCUGUCGGGACCCCGGCUGCACCCACUGGAGAAGUGGCGGCUCCGGCUCCCGAGGCGGCGGCGGCUGUUCCUUGGUCCUGGCCGCGGCAGCCGCUGCCCUGCUCUGCCCGCAGCUGUCCCAGCUGUGGCCGCCUGUCCGCCUGCGGCACCCACAGUCUCUGCCGCGGCUCCCGCGGCCCCCUCCUUUCCCCACCUCUUCAAGUAUCGUCUGCGCAGCGGUUUCUCGCGAGAGAAAUACUUUUUUUAAAAAAAGAAAGAAAAAGAAAAUGACACCCCCUCCUACAUCCCCCUCAUCACCACCCCACCCCUCGGCCCCAUCCAUCCUCCCUUUCCACUCCCCUUUGCCAGCCACCGCCUCGGCGCGGGGGCCUCCCUCGCUCGCAGGAUUAGCGCAGUGGGAGGAGGCAGAGGUGAUCGGGUCCUGCCCGGCCUGGGAUUUCGCGUUUUGGGGUGAGGAGUUGAGGGAAUGGGAAGAAGUCGAGUAG